ACUGCCGGCUGCCACCUGCACCAGCUGUACCAGACACCAUGGAGAGGGCCCUUGUCCUUCUGCUUGUGACCCUUGUUGCGGUGGCCUAUGCAGCUCCUGGGCCCCGGGGACUUUUUCUUAACCUGGAUGACGGCGAGAUCUGCGUUAACAGCAUGCAGUGCAGCAGCAAAUGCUGCCAGCACGACACCAUCCUGGGCAUCGCCCGCUGCACCCACAAGGCCAUCGAGAACAGCGAGUGCUCCCCACAGAGCGUCUAUGGGGUUUACUACAGGUGUCCCUGUGAGCGGGGCCUGAGCUGUGAGGGGGACAAGACCAUCCUUGGCGCCAUCACCAACACCAACUAUGGCAUCUGCCUUGAUGUCGGGCGCUCCAAGCAGUGAGCUUAUGCAAUAAGCUGGACCAGGCACCGCUCUCUCCCCUCCUCUUCCCGCUGUCCCGUCUGAGCCAGCUAUUGGCAAUUAAA